AUGUCUUUCCACACUAUCUCUAUAGUGGUUGGCACUUUAGUAUGUGGAUGCCUUAACUCGCUUCUUACCAAGUAUCAAGACAACCAAUGCGUGGAAAAUUGCUUGGAUCCAGACGUGACAAAGCAUAAGAACUUUGAACAACCUGCCAUUCAGACUCUCCAGAUGUUCAUUGGUGAACUUGGCAUUUACAUUGUUUAUUAUAUUCUUUAUAAGUCUCCGUUUGCUAAGAGAUCUCAAUACCAAGCGUUGAAUGAAGACUCCCGUCCAGCGCUGAAAAGCCACAGUUUGAUUCUUGCAAUUCCGUCAGUGUGCGAUAUGUUGGCCACGACUUGUAUGAAUGUUGGCUUGAUUUAUACCCCAGUUUCCAUUUUCCAAAUGACCAGAGGAGCUAUUGUGCUUUUCGUUGCUGUUCUUUCGGUUCUAUUUUUGAAGCGCAGAAUAAGACCUUUGGAGUGGAUCUCUUUGGUCAUUGUUACUUUGGGUAUUGGAAUUGUGGGGUACUCAGGAAGUAGAGGAAGCUCCGCCAAAGCUGCCGUCGAAGAACCUGCCCUCGUUAUCUUCGGCAUGUCUUUAAUUAUUUUGGCUGUCUCUCUUCAAGCGGUUCAGUUUGUUGUUGAGGAGAAGAUUCUUGCUAAGUACCAUUUCACUCCUUUGCGUUUGGUUUACACUGAGGGUUUCUUUGGUGUUGUCAUUUUGACCACCUCGUUGAUCUUGCUUAAUUUCAUCGUUGGACUGCUUCAGCUGAAGAAACAAUUCCACGACUCGCCAUUCAAUUUGCACGAGUCUUUAUCCCAGACAUUCUCGCUGCGUGAAGUGCUUUUAUCGUCUUUUGCAAUCAUGAUUUGUAUUUCAUCGUUCAACUUUUGCGGGGUCUCGCUUACCCAGGAACUCUCAGCUACAGCAAGGUCCACUAUUGACAGCUGCAGAACACUUUUAGUGUGGCUUUUUGCUAUGGUCUUGGGUUGGGAAUCAUUCAGCUUCUUACAGUUCUUCGGGUUUGCCACCCUUGUUUUCGGUACCCUUUGCUUUAACGGUGUUCUUCAACCUGAAGAUUGGAAAUUUGUUCCUGAAUUCCUUAAAGAUCAAGAGCAUAAAAACGUUAGACUCAUUGAUGUUGUGGAUGAGCCUUCAUUACGUAUUGUUCCGGAAAAGACGAACCCCUCUUCUGUGUCUACGACCACUUUUGGUGAAGUCUCAGAAAACACGCCAGCAUUACAAGAUACCUUGAGAGCACAACAAGGUCCAUUGAAUAUCGCUUCUCAGUUGAACAACCGCCAUCCUUUAGAAUCCAGAAUCCAGAAUUGGGAAAAGACGCAACAAGAUAUCAGAAUGGAAACCUACAGACGUGUGUUUGGUGCUGGUGAACCAAUCCGUAGAACCAUGGAGAUGGAUCUUGUUGAGGCCACUGACUUCAAGCCACAGGUUCUUGGAGGCUCUGACACGUUGCAUAAAGAUAUUUUGAUGAACAGGGAGUCCACUGUUGACUGGGAAGACAUUUACAAGGGCGGCUUUGAGUCUGGAAGAAAUGUCCCAGACUUCCACUGUGAGAUGGAGAAGAAGCUUGGAAUCUAG